CUAAACCAAAAACCAAGUGUUUCCCCCCCUCUUUCACUCCCUCCCACCACGAAGCUUGUGGAGGUGGAGCCAGCACAGCACCGAAAUGGUACCACUCUCCUACGCGCCACCGCUACCGCCGCCGCAGUCGCGACCGAACCCCAGCCCUAGCCACAAGCCCAAGCCCCAGCCGUGCGUGCUUCUCUUCCCCGCCGCCCUCCGCACGGCGGCCGCGGCGGCCGCCAUCUCCUUCUCCCUCCUCGCGGGCAACGCCGCGGCUGUGGCGCCGGUGGAGCAGCCCCCGGAGAUAUGCCGCGGCCAGGACGACGGGAGGGAGGUGGAGGUGAAGGCCGAGGCGGUGACGAACGAGCAGCUCGUGGAGGAGGCGUGGGAGGUGGUCAACGAGGGCUUCCUCCCCGACGCCGGCAGCCGCCCGUGGUCACCGGAGCUGUGGAUGCAACGGAAGCAAGAUAUUCUUCAAGGCUCAAUCAAAUCCCGCUCUAGAGCCCACGACAUCAUCACGAAAAUGCUAGCUAGCCUGGGUGAUCCAUAUACAAGAUUCCUGUCGUCCUCAGAUUUCUCAAAGAUGUCAAAGUAUGACAUGACUGGUAUUGGGUUGAACUUACGAGAGAUUCCUGAUGACAAUGGUUCUUUAAGAUUGGUGGUAUUAGGACUGAUACUAGAUGGGCCUGCUCACUCUGCUGGUGUUAGACAGGUUAAGCAUGGCAACUGUGGUCCUGUUGAGUCAAUGAAAGUGCAAAGACAGAUGGCUGCUCGCACUCCAAUUUUCUAUCGUUUGGAGAAAAGAGACAAUGAGAAUUCAUCUGUCGGAUAUAUUCACAUUAAAGAGUUCAAUGCAGUGGCCAAAAAAGAUUUGGUCAGCGCACUGAAACGUCUACAGAAUUCAGGUGCCUCCUAUUUUGUUUUGGACCUGAGGGACAAUCUUGGUGGACUAGUGCAAGCUGGAAUAGAGAUUGCAAAGCUCUUCUUGAACAAAGGAGACACGGUCAUUUAUACUACUGGCCGGGAUCGUCAAGUCCAAAAUACAAUUGUUGCUGACAGUGGACCUUUGGUUACAACUCCUGUGAUGGUACUGGUGAACAAUAGGACAGCGAGUGCCAGCGAAAUAGUUGCUUCAGCACUUCAUGACAAUUGCAAAGCCGUUCUUGUUGGCGAAAGGACUUUUGGCAAGGGCUUAAUCCAGUCUGUAUUUGAACUUCAUGAUGGUUCUGGUAUUGUCGUCACAGUUGGCAAAUAUGUCACGCCAAAUCACAAAGACAUCAAUGGAGAUGGAAUAGAACCAGACUACCGCCGUCUUCCUGAUCUCAAUGAAGCCAGAGAUUAUCUUAUGCGUUGCCAAAGCAAGAAAUUAAAUUGAGGUGAAGUGCUUCAUUACAAAGCUUCUUACGCAGUAAGAAAAACUAUUUAUCCUUGCAUAUUUAGCUCUUCAUGCUAUAAUAAAGAAAAACGAUGCACUUGACUGUUCGUAGCAAUAUGCUAAUCCAGCUGGUCUGAGUUUGACUGCUUGCACUAUUUCACAUCAGUACUUGUAAUUUUAUAUCUCAAUUAGUUUCACAAAACAUUGUCUAAAAUAUUUUCAUGGGUAAAUCAUAGGGAUUCACACACUGGCUAUUCAUAAGUUUUGGAGCCACAUGUGCUCACACUGGCCUUGCACUGCGCAGAAAUACUGGCCUGGCCUAUGAUUCUCCACUUGGUGUUUAUGAUAUGUUUCCAUCUCAUAAAAUGUCUCUUUUGACUUGCAAGCUACUGAGUAUGGACCUAAUGGUCAAAUGUACUCCCUCCGUAAACUAAUAUAAGAGCAUUUAGAUCAGUAUUUUAGUUAUCUAAACGCUCUUAUAUUAGUUUACUGAGGGAGUAGCUAGCUGUCAUAAUACUUGGAAUUUCUCUCCUUUGCAGGCAACACGUUAGAAGUAUGGAACGGAGGUUAUGCCCGGGAGAAUUGUACAGCGAAGAAUGAACUCUCCCUGGUGAGGCGAGACCGCAAGCUCUACAUCGAAGCAUUAAUGUAGGCUUCUGCAGAAAUCAGAGUGAGCAUGUCCUUGCAUUCUCACCGGUUCCGCAGCUCGGUAGAGAAAGGAAAGGAGAGAGCCCUUGGAUUGCAUUGGCUUCUGCUGAAUAUACCCAGCACCAGUAUGUAAAUAACCUGUGAUCCGUGUGCAACCAGUGGCAUUCGUUAUAUAAAGAAGUCCAACAGUAGCUCUAAUCCAAGCAUUUUGCCAA